AUGUGCCAAGAGAGAAAAGUUUCCACUGCUACCCUUGCCCUAACGUAUCUUCCAACCUCCCUUUCUUCUCCUUUUUCAACGGCUCUUUUCUUCUCUUGCGACCAACAAGCAUCGUCGACCCAUUAUUUCUCUUCCACCCACCGAUCGGACCUCCUUCCUCAUUUCAUCGGGAAUGUUCCUACCUGCCUCUUGAUCAAGAAUAUAUCUCUGGAAUUGGUGAUUCCAGAGUAUAUUAAGCAACUUCAUCCAACACUAUAUAGAGCAGCAGGGCUUGGAAUAGGUUUAGGCGGGCAAUCGUACAGUCAAUUUCGUGUCUUCCCCUCUAAAUCGACUAAGAUUGUACGAUCAGUGCCAAAUCACCAAAAUCGAUUUUGGUGGGUUAUUUCCCACUUCCGCGACAAUAGCGACAAUAGCACACCUCACCUUCUCCCCAGACGACUCCAACGACUCAAGAAUCCAUCUCGAUUGUUCAACUUCAAAAAGUUUUUGACUUCUAUCUUCUGA